UGCAGGGUGUUCCAUGUCUAUGCCAGGAGACUGGACAGUAGGUCAUGUGGGACCUCCUUUGCCCUGUAACUAUGUGAAGCUAGUGGAUGUGGCAGACAUGAGCUACUAUGCAGCCAAUGGGGAGGGAGAGGGGUGUGUAAAUGGGCCAAAUGUGUUCCAGGGGUACCUGAAUGACCCAGAGAAGACAGCGGAAGCCAUUGAUAAGGAUGGCUGGCUGCAUACAGGAAAUAUUGGCAAGUGGCUUCCGGUAAAUUCUGCCCCCUCCAGAUCCUGUUUUACCGUUCUUCCAGGUGUUGGAAGAUGACGGCCUUCUGGCCCUUUCAGAACUGUAGCCAGGGUUUCUGUUUCAGAAUGACAGGGUUUGUGUUUCAGAAUGACACUCUGUAGAAAUGGCCCAUUUAACUAGUCCUGCUUUAGACUACAGAGAGGAAAAAGAGAAUAAUAAUAUGAACAAUACAUGGAGCUGAGGGUUGGAUUACAUUUUUGGUUCGAGGGAUUUAUGAUGUCCUUACAAAUCUGCAAAACUUUGGACAGUGGGGAC